CCACCACCUACACCCCCGUUGUCUCCUCUCCUUCCAUUGCCACAGUCGGCCUUCUCCGUGGAAGCCGGCGGGCCGCCGCCUCCUUUGUCCCUGUCGUCGUGCUCUUCCGUACCGCCAUUCCCUAGCACUGUCCACGGGCGAGGUAAAGAAACCAUCUUUCCACCUUCUCCCACCCCCUCCGGACCCAUAGGUGCCACCGGCAUUUGUCUUGCGAUUGCUUGGCCCAGAUCUGCGUGCAUUCGGCAUUUCUCGUGCGUAGAUCUCGCGUGUACGGUGUACCUCGUUUCCCUCGGCGGGUGGAUCAGUGACGGCUUGGUCGAGAUGGACGAUGUGGUUGAUGACAUCAUCUGUGGAACGGAUGCGGCGGUUGCCGUCGAGGAUGGGGCCAGUGGGACGCCCGCAAUGCCUAGCUUAGGGUGCCAGGGUGAGGAAGAGCAUAGGAAGGGCAAUGAGGACAACUCAGGUGAGAGCGAGGUGAUUAACCCGCCAGAAGAGGCUGGCGGGGAGGCCACCUCGCCCCUGGAAGGCAGGAAGCCUCGCCUUUCCAAGGGGAAUCAAAGCCAUGUACCUAAGGCUGUCAAAUCUAAGAGUCCAAGGAGUGGAGAUGAAAAUCAGACAAGGAGAAAAGCUCCCAACUCUUCUUUUCCUAAGGCACCCAUUGUCCAGGAGUCCCAUGGUGACUCUGGUGUCGGCAGUAAUAAAGCUGGCAAGAAUGAGUCUCACUCAUCCCCAAUUGAUGCAGCAUUGCCCGAUGAGUCCAAGGAGAAAAGGAAAACUCAAAAGCCACCAGCACAGCUCUCUUCCAUCAAAAGAGAUGAAGAACAGUCAAAUGGUGAGAGUGCAAAGCCUCGAAAAGUUGGAAGCACGCCAUCAUAUGGUUUCACCUUCAAGUGUGAUGAGAGAUCUGAAAAAAGACGAGAGUUCUAUUCGAAGCUUGAGGAGAAGAUUCAUGCAAGAGAGUUAGAAAUAAGCAAUUUGCAAGCCAAGUCAAAGGAAACUGAAGAAGCAGAACUCAAAAUGCUGAGAAAGAGUUUGAAUUUCAAGGCAACACCAAUGCCAAGCUUUUAUAAGGAACCAACCCCUGCCAAGGUUGAAUUGAAAAAGAUCCCCCCAACCAGAGCUAAAUCACCAAAGCUUGGUCGGUCUAAAAACAAGUCCAUAUCAGAGACUGAAGAAAAUACUACUACGGACCAACCUGCCCGUCUGAGCCUUGACGAAAAGGUUUCUCAAAACGGUGUGAAAAAACCAACCCCGUCGAGUUCAGCAAAGAAGCCCCAGAGAAAGUCACUCCCCAGGCUGCCAUCUGAAGAAACUUGUCCGCUUGAUGCCACCUCAAGGCAGCUGAAGAACAACAAACUGGAUGAAGUUAAUGCUCAGGAGACAGGAUCAGCUACAGGGCAGGUACAAGGAAGUGAGACGGAAACAGAUUCUGUUCAGAGCGCAACUCAAGCUGGAGCUAACCCUGAUGAACAGAGUGUCGCUCAGUGAACAGAGUGUCGCUCAGUGAAGAUCUCGGUGGCCAAGCCAAGUGAUUUGUGAUGGAUGGUGUGCCUUAUCUUUGUGUGAUGUUGUGCUUGUCUACUAGAGUGACUUGUGGCCUGUAUCAUGCUGUGUUAUACUCCUGUUUUUGUUUUCCUGCGAUUGAGCCUGUAUGUUGCUUAUCAAUCUAGAUAGCUUUUGUUCAUAAUCU